UCUCUCUGAAGCAGAAGGGGCUGUGAACAACCACAGAGGAAUAUAAGAGGAGAAGGGAAGUCUCUGGACUCGUCUUCUCCUUCGCGAUCCCUCUUUCCCUUGCUUCUUUCGACUUCGUGUAGUUCAAUCAAGAGGUGGUAAAAAAGAGGCGAACGGAGAACAGAACAAGACAAAAGAAGGCAGACAACACCAUCACCACCACCACCACCUGUACGCCAGUAGGCCCGCUCCCCUGUCUCUGUCUGCUCUCCUUGACUCCAAUUCUCCCGCUCUCCCCGCCCAUCCCUUCCUUGCCAAUGUUUUCCUCCCACUUAAAUCUCUUCCCCCUUCCUAACUACACCCCCGUCAACGAUAACGCCCUUUAAGCUCCCACUUUUCCUCCUUUUCUUGAUUCUUGAUCCCUUUUGCUACACGAAAAAUUUGAUUUUGAGUUCGGGGAAGAGGAGGGAGAAGAAGAGUAUAUCAUCCACAGAUUUGGAUCCAUCGAUCGAUCGUCAUGCCGUCUGGUGCGAAGAAGCGGAAGGCGGCCAGGCGCAAGAAGGAGAUGACCCUCCCUUCUGCCGAUCCUUCUUCUCAAGAUAGUGGGCAUAACGAUGAGUUGAUGCCGGCUGAGGAUAGCAAGGAGAGCGACGAUGGAUCCCCGACAUCUUCCUCAUCGUCUUCGUCAUCUCAGGAGCACCAUCGCUCUCGAUCUGCCGAGGAGUUGUUAGGAUCUGAUGCUGUUGUGUUUGAUAGCACAGCGGAGAGCGGCAAAGGAGCGGCCUUGGCAGAGGAAGUUGAAGCUGAGUCCCUCGUUGCUGUAGAGGAACCAGCUUAUACCACUACGGUCGAGUCCUUCGCUGAAUCGGAGGAUGUGGUUGUCGAAUUCCCUAAAUCCGAGAAGGAAGACGAGGAAGUAGCCGAGGAAUCGGCUGUUCUUGUUGAAAAGGUUGUCGCUUUGGCUGAAGAGGAUAGACGUCUUGAUGAGGUUGCUGCUAAGGUUCUUGAGGAGACUUCAGGCGGAGUGAAAGAAGUGCCGCUUCCUGAUGCGGAUGAGGCUGUCGAUCAGCUUGGUGAGAGUGGCGACGCCCGCUGUGUUGCUGGGAAAGCUGAAAAUUUGCCGACUGCUGAGGUGUCGCCUGGUGCCGCACCGGUUGUGCAUCACGCAACAUGGUGGAAUUGUUGUGGAUUGCUUGAUGUAUUUGCAUGUUCUACGAGAUAAGUUCAGCUGGAAAGCAGCAAAACCUGGCACUGUCUAUCUCAGUGUAUAUUCGUGAAUCUGGAAGCUCAAGGUUGCACCUUUCUCCUAUUUAAAACUUUUGCAUCUUUAAACUCUGUUUGAAACGGACUCUGAAUUUAUUGUCUAUUCCACUGAUGGAGAUAUUAAAAUUUCUUUUAUGCUGAUAAAGAGAAUUAUGUUCUUGCUCAGGAUAAAAAUAUUGGAAAUGCUGGUUUUCUUGUCUUUUUGUUGUACCUGUAUUUUAUCUUAGUGUAUAUUUGGAAACUCCAGGAUGCACCUUUCUCCUCUUUAAUGCUUUUUCACAUUUUAACUCUGUUAGAAACCCACUUUGAUUUUACUGUUUAUUGAAUUGAUGGAGAAGAAAGGAAUUCCUUUUUUGCAUAUAUAUAUAUAUACACACACACACACAAUACUUUAAGUACUGGUUUUCUUGUCUUUCUGAUGUUUUCAUCAGCAUUAUGGUGAGCAUUUUGAUGUAGCACUUGAACCUUCAAUAGCUGAAGCAAAUUUCUUCAUGAUUUAUUGGGAAUAGCCAGUUCAUGUGCCUUUGACUUGCUAUUUGUAUUAGUACCACUGGAUUUAUGUAAGAAUCUUGUGCUUCUUUACCAAGAUAAAAAGGUUAAUGAUGUACUAAAAGCCCUUGAUGCUCUCUUAUUAAGAUAAUAUAUGCUUCUUUAGAGCAUUCUCCUUUUCUUUUCUGCUUCUCUGGAUAGUAGGUUUUUUGUUGUUAUCACUCAUGCUUGGUCUAAUAUUUUGCAUCUUGG